UAAACAAGUCAGUCCGUGCCUGUGAAGCAGUACUGCGGAUCACGACUGGCAGCUCACUCAUGCUGCGCACACGCUCUCUGGCUGCUGACUCCUGUAUCUAGGGGCACUCUCGUGCGAUACUGCCCGUGGGAAUAUACAUAUACCGCUAACAUGUCACGGCAUCACAGGACGCCGAGGAAAAACGAGGAGAGCGUAGUGGAGGUGAAGAGCAAAUUUGAGGCGGAGUACCGAAGGUUUGCCCUGAAGAGGAACGGAGCCGGGGGCUUCCAGGAAUUCUACCAACUGCUGCAGACCAUUCACCGGAUCCCCGGAGUGGACGUGUUGCUGGGAUAUGCCGACAUCCAUGGAGAUCUACUUCCAAUCAACAAUGAUGACAACUUCCACAAAGCACUGUCCUUGUCCAAUCCGCUGCUUCGGAUUAUCAUUCAAAGGAGAGAUGUAGAUGUCUCCGUGCCCUUCCCAACAGGCUCUCUUCAGAGAAGAAAAAAGGGCCUAGCUGGUCUGCAUCAACCAAAGCAGAAGUCCAAACCAGCGCUGCUCAUCGGCCUUCCGCAGGAUUUCCGGCAGAUCUCUUCUAUCAUAGAUGUGGACAUCUUACCCGAGACGCAUCUCCGUGUCCGUCUGCACAAGCACGGCACCAACAAACCCCUCGGCUUUUACAUCAGAGACGGCGUCAGCGUCCGCAUCACUCCCCAAGGGGUAGAGAAAGUUCCCGGCGUCUUCAUCUCCCGCCUGGUAAAAGGCGGUUUAGCAGAGAGCACAGGAUUGCUGGGAGUCAACGACGAGAUUCUUGAGGUGAACGGUAUCGAUGUGGCAGGUAAAUCACUGGACCAGGUCACCGACAUGAUGGUGGCUAACAGCCACAACCUCAUCGUGACAGUGAAACCUGCAAAUCAGCGGGUGCACAACACGAUGCACCGUGCGAGUAAAACAUCUGCUGGCAACAGUUCCGCUGGCUCGGGAGGCUCCGCCCUCUCACAUGACUCCGCCCCCAGCCCCGCCUCACAGAAUGCCAGCCAAUACAGCAACAGCAACAGUGUGGCUGAGGGUGACAGUGACGAUGAUACUGACCUCAUCCUCGAGAACGACAACCUGUCGACGUACAUGCCACACCGUAUGACUAAUGGCAAUGGCAGCCAUGCUAACACCCUGUCGUCGGGUGCAUUUGCGCACAGGCCCCUCCCACAAAGUGUUUCCUUGCCCAGUAGCAGCUCUUUAAGCUCCCUGACUACACCUACACACAACAGCAGCCCCACCAAGACGAGCAGUAGCCAAGAAAGUAUGAGAGAGGAUGGCAACUUCAUUACGUUGUGAGCUACAGCAAGUUUUGAAGCCUUUAUGCACAUUUAUAAGAAA